AUGGGUCUGACCGAGAUGCGGCUUGUGGCCGCUAUAUUUAUCGUGAUUUUACGACCAGAAGUUGAAGCUGCUCAUGGCUGUAAGUUUUGAUUCAUUUCCACUUGAUAAAUAUCAGAAUUGAAUGAAAUAUGAUAGUAGAUAAACUGAUCAUGUAAAUUACGUGAGCGGGUGGUCUGCCACGAGAGCAGCAGAAGUACGGCUCUUGACCCACGGAGGAUGUCAAGAGCCAAUUUGCCAUAUGUACUGGGAUUCGACCGCCUGCCGUACAUGGUUGAUCCGAGUCACUGGAAGAAACUGAAGUGAAUUGAAAUUCAAAAAUGUGGUAGCCGUUUUGAUCGAAAAGGCCUCACUGAGUGACGUUUUGAGCCCAUCCACCGUAUUCUCUAAAUGGAAAUGAAGGUUUUGCGGGGUUGAAAGGAUUGAGUGACAGGCCCUAGGUUUUGCUACUUUCUUGAGUUUCUCUCACUUCUCAUCUAUUCAUUUAAAUGCCCGUUUUGCCAUUACUAUCCAAAACGAUGUGAAAACGCAUCAAUUUCUUUCUUUUUGUUUGUCUUCUUGCUCGUUUUCCCACCUUAACCUAUCUAAGAGCCUUUUUCCCAUUUCCAAACGAUGCAGCACCAUAAAAGCGGAUGCGUUUUUUUUUCGAGACAUUGUCCGAGAGGAGAGGAGGACUAUUUUUUUCAUGUCGCCGCCAAGGAGUCUCCGUUUGUUCUGAUCCGCCCUGUCCAGCCUUUUCAGUCGAAAAACAGCUGGACUGUUUGUAGAGUCUGAAAUCGAGCUUGUUAGCUUGUACUUGUGCUUUUUCCUCUGCGAAGCUUGCUUUGGAUGCGGCUUUCAGCCCAUCUUCGCCGCCACUUAAUUCACAUUUGUAAUUAACGAGUCCGUGCACUUGGCAUGUGGCGACGAGUGUUGUGAGGAAUAAAAGGAAAUAAUUGGGACUGAGCAGCACCCUGACGAAUCUCAAUUAGCACAAAUCAGGACGGAGCUGUUGCAAGCACCACAAUAGGAGUUGUCCAGCUGUUGUUUCUCGAGUCGCUCGCAUCAACUUCUGGACCCCUGCCGAGGGUCUGGCGACCUGUGAGCCAAUUGCGCCACUGCAAAAUGAGUCCGUCGAUGUUCCCGUGUGGCAACCCGUGGCUUACUUUCCGAACGAUUGCCUGGAUCAUUUUUUUCUGGUCUCUGGGUCAGUCUUUCUUGGAUUUCCGAAGAAUGGUUCUCAGUAGCAGAUCCUUUCGCAAAAUAGACUUAUUGCAAUAAGAAGUCCAGUUUUUACUUUGAGAAAACCAGAAAUAAGAAGUCAAAAAUUAGAAAAAACAUCUGAUCAACAACUGAGAUAUCUAGAAAAAAAGCUCUAAGGUUUGAUGUGGAAUUUUUUUGCUGUCUAAUUGAAUAAAUAAAUAAGCUCGAGUUUUUCAAAUUUUUUUCGUGAAUAAUAAAUGGAACAAAAAAAGUCAAGGUUUCUGUGCUAUUGAUAGUAUCUUCACUUUUUUUAUGCAUCGAGUUUUUUUUCUUUUUUCACAUGAUCCGUUUACGGCCAAAAAAACUUUUUGCGAAACAAUACCUUCUAUUUACAAGAACUUUCAUAAAGAUUUCUUCGAAACAGCAAUAAGAAUUUCUAUGAAUUUUUUUUAAUGCUUGUCGAAAAUCAAAGAUUUUUCUGUUUCAUGAUUCUACGAUUACGAAAAACUGAUACGUCAAUUACACCAAUAUUCUACUGUGGUGUAAGGUGCGAGAAUGUUUAACCUUAUUAAUCGUGCAAGUAUCAGUUUUCACACCAGUGGCAGUUAUUAGUGUCAAUUCCCACAUUUAAUGGAAUUCACUCCAGCUGUGAGAAAAGAUUGCUUAUAGGAAAGCAAAAAUCUUGACAACUUGUUAGUUAGUUGAUCUGACGGCUAAUUACAUAAAUGUGAAGAGUCCGUGGUUGAAUCUCCCUCUGGACUCGUUGAUCGAUGCGUAAAAAAUGUACAGUAAGAUUAUCAACCAUAUGACGUGCCAGGUGAGUUUCUCAAGGUUUCCGUCCGCAAGAGUCGCAGUUGCCUCGAUAAUAGUAGACCUGUCCAGUGACAGGCGAUCAGAUCUGCCGCAGAUAGGCCAGUCUUGCCCAGUCCGUUUUUUACCUUCGGAACCCACGAGCAUCCUGUUUUGGGAGAAUACUUACAUAUUCCAAUUGAUAAGCUGAAAUUAUUUUCCCCGCUGGGAAAUACAAAUGCGCAAGUGUAGAUUUGGCUGAGCUUCCUAGCCGUGUGGCAAUAAGCAGAAGCUCAGAUUUCUGCGAUCCUCGCGGACAAUUAGAAGUCUCUUCCCGUUUCCCGGACCACAGCUGUAUUUCGACGUGCUCUUGUGUUUACUCUUCGCAUGUGUUGGUGCUGCACAGCAAGACACCAUAAUGCCAGAAACAGACUAUUGGUUAAAUAAAAACGUGCUAAUGUUUUGUGCACAUGUGACGAUCCUAGCUUUUUCGCGCACUAUUGUUAUUUUCUGGAUGUUGACUUAUCAUCCCGAAAAAAUUUAGCGUAUUGAAAAAUAAGUAUGUGGAGAAAAUUUGUUUAGUUCUCCAACUAUACACUUUUGGGAAUAUUGCAUUUUACGAGACACUCCAGAGCAAAAGCUGAAAGAGGCUUAUUACGAAACCAUAUUUCGCAUGCUCGAGUGGAUAUUUUCAGUAGUUCAGUAAAGCUACCACUUUUUAUGAAGCUUCGGAAAUAUUUUUGGAGUUGAGUAGUUGAGAAUCUCUUUACGGGAACUUUGGACUUGGAAAGUUUUAUAUUUAAUAAAAGAAAGGUUGUCAGGAAAAUUCUAAACAAAGAAUCAGAGAAUGCAAAGUCUUCCGAUAAGACUAGCAUAAUUACGAACGAUUCGAGAAGCCGGAAGAUUUCUGUGCUCGAUCGGAUGUAGGAAACCAGGACAACUCGUGCAUACUCUAUGUUGCAAGAUAGGGACCUCCCGUCGAAUAAUUGCCCCACCGCACGCCAAUCUUCGUUUCAUAACCGACCAACUGCAGUUUGAAGGGCACGGCAUAUAGUUAAUAGACCGUGUGAAGUUGGCUCGAGCGCUACACCAUCUAUGAAAUCUUUUCCAACCCAUUUCUAUAGUCAUAGAAAUUGGAAAACUUGGUUUAACGUCGAGGACCUGCACAGCAGACAGCAGACAACAAGUGGGCUGACUUGUAUCAAAUGGCUGACCUGAUCGAACACGAGUAACACUACACCUUGGCAGCCGCCCAAGAACUCUUUUGACGGCAUCUCGCCAGCACCUGUCCAUUAGGCUCUCUCUUAGCUUAUUUGUCAAAGAAGGUCUGCAGUUAAUUAGACACCAAAAUAAGAGAAAAGUAUAUGCGAAAAAUUUGAUUUUUUGUACUAAUUGUCAUUAAUAUAAUUUUUCCGGCUUUUCGGGCUUUUUUUUUGAUUUCCCUUCGAUUUCUAAACGAUUUUUAUUAAAAAAAGAUACAGCCAAAUUUAGAAGCUGAAAACUGAAUUUUUUUAAUAGAUUCGAUUUUUCAAUUUUUUUCAAGUAGAAGAAAGACUUCUAGUCCGAAACCUCGUUUGGCCCACAAAUAGAUCAGGAAAAAAAAUUUUUAAUUUUUUUACUGCGCUUUUGAGCUUUUAGUCCGCCAGUUUAUUUUCCUGCUUCAACUUGGUAUUGGCUUUUUGGAGCUGACAAAAGCCACUGAGUCAAGGGUCUAUUCUGAAGCCAAACAUGACGAAGCGAAAGUCCGAAGCGGAAACGGCUCAUUGAUCCGUCUUGGCCGAACGCGUUCUGGAUAAUACCGUUGCGCAAUGGUAUCAGUGCACUCUCAGGUGGAGUACACGCAGAUGUUUCCCGCCAACCACUUCAUCCGCAGCUCUAUUUGACCCGAAAAAUGAUAGCUGGGUUCCUUAUUCACUCAAAUAUUUGUGGUUGCACAACUCUUCACGCCCACUUCAAUCGAGGUCACUGAAGCCGUCCAAAACAACCUUUUACCCCAACUUUUCUUAGGAAGAACACAUUUUUCGAAUAUUUUUGAAUCUUUUUGGGACACACGACAAGCGUGCGAUCGAAUAUUAUGGAUGAUUGGUGGCGCUAAUCGAGUGGUCAGAUAGAGGCAGAUAAGCCGUCGCUCGAAACGUGUGUGCGCGGCUCCGCGUCCACUCAAUUUGCAUCCAAAUCCAAUCGGAAGUGCCAAGGGCAUGAGACCGCACUUCACAAAUUUAGCCUCGAAAUCCCACCAGAAGUCACGCUUGGGGAAUUUCUUAAGAAGCUUCGACUUGGAAGCAAAUGCGUGUACUGAAUUUUUUUCAGAAAUUCAAAGCAGUAAUCGAAAAUAUUUCGAGGUGCAAUUCUUAAAAAAUUGUUGUUCAGGUCUGUUCAAAAACUUGUGACAAAGCAUACUAAUGCGCAAAAAAAUUUUAGGAUUGAUCAUGGUUUCAAAAUUAACUUUAUUUCGACUCAGAUUUCCAUUCAGCAUUGCUGAAAAAUAAGGCAAUAAAGUUAUUUUGGAGUCUGUAAAAAUAAGUCCCAAAGUGCGGUUUCUUUUCCAGCCAGGGUUUAUUUUUUUUUAAUAGACUGUAGCGAAUGAAUUGUAAAAGAACAAUUUUGUACUGAUCAAGUUUUUCCAGUGCCACCGAGGAUACAAAACGAUGUUGAAACCAAGUUUCGAGUUCCUGUCGGCCAGAAGCAGUUCAAAUUGGUCUGUCCAGUCAUCGCACCGGAAAAAGAUUCGCUGAUGAUUCAAUGGGUCAAAAAUGGAGAGAACGUAAGGAUUUUCAUUUUUUUUUCAUUGCUCACUUUAAAUUUGCAAAAUAGGGUCUUCAAAAAUGCAUAAGGAUUUUUAUCAAGAUGAAAAAUUUCCGUUUCGGACGUUGAAAACUUAGAGAAAAAUGUUUGAGUCAGUUGAAGUUUGGUCCAAGGCGGGCUCAAAGUCCAGCAAACAUCUGGGGAAGAAACUGUUUUACGCUUUUUCAUGACGCAAGAACGUGGCAAUAAUUAUUUUCCUUAUUUCUCCAGUGUCCAAUAAUAAUCUAAUUUGGUUACCUGCCUGAGAACAAAGGCUACCGUAUACGUGCCGCCUAGAAGGCCAUCCGUCACUGACACUUGUCUCUUUGCGCACUAGACGCGAUUGAAUCAAUGUCCCGAUGGUGUGCAAGACGCCGUCACUCACACCGGCUUCUGAAAUCUUUGAAAUUCGAAUGCGGUGUAUUGAUCAAAAGUUCAGUUUUAAACGACCCUGAAGAAAAGUUUUGCGUUUUUCCGCUCCUCACUUGAAAUAGUUUGAUCGAAUUAAUCAUUUCAGCUCGAUUGGGAAAGUCGCUACAAGAUUGGGAAAGAUGGAAAGGAGCUGAAAAUGAAAUCAGUUCGAUUGGAAGAUAGUGGCAGAUACCAAUGUCAGGCAACCAAUGGAUUUGGAUACAAAACUGUCGAUUUGAUCGUUCACGUUUUCGGUUAGAUCUAAAGUAAAAAACCUAUUUUGAAAAUGAAAUAUUACAGAUCCCAACAACAACGACUCUUCAGUCAAAAAUUUCCUGGUUUUGUCGAAUUCCAGUGAGUUUUUAACGCUCCCACACUUUCCGAGAAAAAAUGCUCGAAAAUAUUUCUGAAUUUGCAGCGGCCAGUCCCAGUUGGCUCAUUGAUAUGCACUCGGAAUGGUCAAUGCCGAUCCAGGUAAACAACGGUGGGAAGCUGGAGUUGCGGUGUCCGGCAAAAGCAAAUCCUUUCCCCGACAUCCGAUGGUACCAAAAUGACAUCCUUCUGUCAACAAGUUUGAGCUUGUCAAGUUUGUCUCGAUCUAAAAAAGUGUUUCAGAUUCUCCCAAACACAUUGCUUCCUUAUCCAUCGAUCCUGCUGAUAGAUCUCAUUCUGGAAACUACCGAUGCGUCGUUGAGAACGCCCUCGGAUCUCUCGAUUUUCUUUUCGAAGUAACUGUAGAUGACUACUUUGAUGCUUCAACUACUGAAAGCCCUAUACAGGUAUGAAAAUUGUUCCCGAAGAAUGCCAAAAUCAUGUUUUAAUGAUGGAUCCAAAAAAAUAAUCAUUCAUUCAGGAUGACAAACUGGAACCAAUCAUUGAACAACCCUACAACAUCAGCGUGUAUGCCGGUCACACUGCACAGUUCCAGUGCAAAGCACAAUCUUCUCAAAGCUUGCUAAUCAAGGUUUAUUAUUCUGGAAACUUAUCAGUUCUUAUCUGGAGAGUUUUCAGUGGCUCAAAUCUAUUUCUGAUCCGAAUGAAGUCCGCAAAAAUGAUCCAAAUGCUACAGUCAUCAGUGCGAAUGGAAUGCACCUUUUGGUUCUGGAGCACAUUCAGUCGGAAAGUUUGGUGGCUAACAACGACGUCAACAUGUACCUUAACCGACUAACCAUUCCGCAGGUGCAUUUUGAAAGAGAGUUUUUGAGAUAAAAAGCGUUUCAGGUGAAAUUGGAGCAUGCUGGAAAAUAUCUUUGCGUCGUGACAAACGCGGAAGGGAAAAUUUCCUACAAAGCGGCAGAACUUCGAGUUCUACCUGGUUAGUUUAUUUCUUUUUCUUAACUGCAUGCAACUGUUCAAGGCCUAACUCAUGACAUUUCUGCAGCCUACGACGUGACAAUCCAUCUUUCCGCUGACAAAUUUCUGAUAAUUCUGAUUCCAAUCGUCCUCGUCUUCUUGCUGAUCGUAGUCCUUGCCGUCGUCUAUUUGAAGAGGAGCCAAGAGGUAACUUUUUCCGGAAGUACAUUCAUCCUAAUAUUUUUUCAGCCGUCCAACAAAACGAAUACCAUCAACAAGCCGCCUCCGCCGCCUAGAAUUCCGCCACCGGCUGCUCCGGCAGACAUUGAAUGGCAGCCUGAACGACAUCCCACGCGCAGUUAUCCUGAAUUUUCUAUCGACUCCAAGAAGCCCUUGCUUUUGAACAACGCCAUGUUCCAGCAGAAUUCUGGCAGAUAUUUUUCUGGAGCUGCUACUGUUGACCGCAAAGGUCUUCACAGAAGUGGACGAGGUCAGUUUUUUAACUGUAAAUUGAUAAAUAACUAAACCGGCCUAGAAUAAACUCUAGAUACCGUGUUUCCAAUUCUAAUCGAAAAAUUGCUUCCUACACCACUGAGAUGAGAAUACGGUUUCAGAAACAUUAUAAAAUCAACUAGAAAGCGAGAAAAUUCUGGAUUGAGAAAAAAUUACUUCAAAAAUUGUGAUCUAGUUCCAAGUCAAAUCAUAUAUUUCAUGACAGUUUCACCUUCUAUCAUUAAUCUUUAGUUACAGGAUUUGACGAGCAAUCUAACGCUUACGACUGCGGAUCUCCUCAGCCUUACUGGACCCAAGCAAAGCCAAGCGUCCACAACUCUUCCGCUUAUACCGCCGGUUACCGAACUCUCGAGGUUUGUCAAAAUAUUCCUUUUUGAAUUUCAAUUUUGGGUUUCAGGGUAACUUCAACCACAGCCGUCACUACCCAACUGUCGUGACUGACGACUAUUCCGACCAGGAGCAGCCUUUCUUUUUCCAUAGACGAUAA